AUGAGGGAAGAAGUUGAAAAAUUCGACUUUGAAAAAGUGAUCGAAGAAUUCGAGAGAAUAACAAAGGAUGCUGGGAAUGUUCAAAAGGAAACACUGAGAAGGAUUUUGGAAGAAAAUGCAUCAGCUGAGUAUUUGCAGGAUUUAGGACUGAAUGGAAGAACUGAUCCUGAAAGUUUCAAGGCUUGUGUUCCAUUGGUCACAUACAAGGAUUUGGAACCAUAUAUCAAUAGAUUGGUCGAUGAUGUUUCUCCUAUCCUUACUGGAAAACCGAUCACUGCGGUGUCUUUAAGUUCUGGAACUAGUCAAGGGAAUCGGAAGUUUAUUCCGUGGAAUGAUGAGUUGUUUACAACCACUGUGCAAAUAUAUCAAACCUCUUUUGCCUAUAGGAACAGAGAUUUUCCUAUUCAAGAUGGCAAGGCUUUGAACUUUAUCUUCAGCAGCAAUGCAACACAGAAGAAAGGGGGUGUGAUGUUAGGAACAGCAACAGCGAAUGUAUUCGGAAAUCCAGGUUACAAGAAUGCAAUGGAAGCACUGAAAGCUCCAAGUUGCAGUCCUUAUGAAGUAAUCUUCAGUCCUGAUUUUCAUCAAUCACUCUACUGUCACCUCUUGUGUGGACUACUUUUCCGAGAAGAAGUUCAAUCGAUUUCAUCAACAUUUGCGCACAGCAUUAUCUAUGCUUUCAGAACAUUUGAACAAGAUUGGGAAGAGCUUGUUAAUGAUAUCAAAGAAGGUGUUCUUAGCAGCAGAAUCACUGUUCCAUCCAUUAGAGAUGCUAUGUCCAAAUUGCUGAAACCAAAUCCUGAACUAGCUAACUUGAUCCACAAGACAUGCUCGGGAUUAAGCAAUUGGUACGGAUUGUUUCCUGUGCUUUUUCCUAAUGUUAAGUAUGUUCAAGGGAUCAUGACAGGUGCGAUGUUGCCCUAUGUGACCAAAUUGAGACAUUAUGCGGGUGAAGUUCCUUUGUUGACUUCGGAGUAUGGUGCUUCUGAAGGCUGGAUUGCGUCAAACGUGAAUCCUAAAGUGCCUCCUGAAUUUGCUACUUAUGCUAUUCUUCCUCAAAUUGCUUACUUCGAAUUCAUUCCAUUGGCACAACUCGAUGGAAGUCAGGUCGAGCUUAAGCCAGUUGGUUUAACUGAUGUGAAGAUUGGCGAGGAGUAUGAGAUUGUUUUCACCAAUCCUGCAGGUUUAUACAGGUAUAAGCUAGGAGAUGUGGUAAAGGUUAUGGGAUUCCAUAACUCAACUCCAGAAAUCAAGUUUAUGCGUCGAAGCAAUCUUUUGCUUACCAUUAACAUUGACAAGAACACUGAAAAUGAUUUACAAUUAUCAGUAGAGACUGCAUCCAAGUUUUUAAUUGAAGAGAAAAUUGAGCUGAUUGACUACACUAGCUACAUAGAUUUAUCCAAAGAGCCCGGACACUAUGUCAUAUUCUGGGAAAUCAGUGGUGAAGCAAGUGAUGACGCGCUUGUUGAGUGUUGCAACUGUUUGGAUGAGUCUUUUAUUGAUCCAGGUUAUGUUACUUCUAGAAAAGUCCAAGGUAUUGAUGCCCUUGAACUCCGAAUUGUAGAGAAAGGAACCUUUCAAAAAAUUCUUGAAAGUCAAGUUGCAAGAGGUGUACCUAUGAGUCAGUUCAAGACCCCUAGGUGUAUUGGUCCUAAAAACACCACAAUGUUGCAAAUUUUGUUGGAAAAUGUUGUCAAGAGCUAUGUUAGUACUGCUUAUAAUUGA